AUGUACGCCGCAGUAGCUUUGAUAUAUCUAGUCGCCGCUGGCGCUUACGCCCAAAACUGUCCAAGCCAAGAGACCAUCUUCAAUACUCUCUCUCAUAACUGCGCAUCUGACGCUACACAAGUUGGCACUAUGCGCUACAAGGACGGUAAUCUCCAGGUGUGCGACGGGAAGGGAUACAAUAACCUCGGCGAUGGUGUCAGCUACCUUCCACCAUUAGGGGGAAAAGAGAAUCCUGGAAAGUCCUGCGGGGAUAUCCUUAACAAGCGCAUGGACGCAAAAAGCGGUGUGUACUUCAUCAAGCCCCGCGAUGCGGUCAUCAAGGUGUACUGUUACAUGAAGUCCAUGUGUGGCUCAAAGGGCUGGGCUAUGGUCAUGAAGAUCGACGGAAACAAUAAAACGUUCAGAUACGACUCUGCUCUAUGGUCAAACAAAGAAGCUUUCAACCCUUCCGGUGCCGACGGAGGACUCGAUAAAGUAGAGACGAAACUAACAACCUACUCAGAAUUCCCCAUGAGCAAGCUGUGUACUGGGUGGAAUACAAAUGGCGAUACAAGAUGGGGUCUUGUUAACUACGACUCCGCCUCUCUUUACGGGCUUAUCGCUGACGGCAAAUACCGCACUAUGAGUCAGGAACGAAAGUUCUGGAAGGCCAUGGUUCCUGUUUCAUCACUACAGAAUCACUGCAAUAGCGAGGGCUUCAUCGUGUUCUCGGGCGGUAAUGGAGGAAAAGCCAGGAUCGGCAUCAUUUCAAACAAUGAGCUGGACUGCGGAUCGCCGGACUCCAGGCUUGGCUUGGGCACAAUGGGCAGCAGCUGUGGUAUGAAUAACGACAACUCGGCCGGCAACGAAGCCAGAUGUGACCAAUUAGAUAACGGAGAGAAAAGCAUCAAGAGCUUUGGGUAUAUCUUCGCCCAGGAACGCCUGGCAGAUGCCCCGCUCGGCUCAUUUGAUGAGCCCGCUACACCCUGCAAGGCGAUUGUCGCCGCUAGACCAAUACGUUUGGAUAAGAUUCAUCAUAUUGAAAGGAUGAGAUGGAGCUGAACCCCAUGCCUAUUGCUGGUGGUCUGGACACGACCGAGAUGAAGCUCAGUACAUACUCCAAGUUUCCCAUAUCGAAGCUUUUCCUCGGAAUCAAGUUCUGCUCUAAGUACAACUGGCUGCCGUUGGACAUACUCACACGAUCUAGAGUAUCUUUGCACGGGAUCAUCUCCUUUGGCAGUUACAAGGGCACCAUCAUCCCACGAGACGACUGGAAAAAGCUCGUACCAAAUGCAUCUCUUCAGAAAAAUUGCAACAUGCAAGGAUUUAAUGUGAACCCUCAACCAAAACAUGGGGCAACAAUCCCAGCACGGGCACGAAUCGGUAUCGUCUCCAAUAACGAGAAUGAUUGCAAAUCGCCCGACUCUUUCUUCGGAUUUGGUACCCACUGUGGUAUAAAGGAUAUCUCCGUUGGUAACGAAGCCAGACGCAAUUGUUUUGCUGAUAAUGGCGACAUAAGCGCCGCUGCGUGGGCUACAUUCUCGCUCAGUAAUCCCUACAACGCGGGUGCAUUGGGUAGAAAUUACUUAUAGCUGAUAAAUAGGGUAAUUAGUACGUAGCAUUACUUAUGACCUUUGCUCUUAGCUUGGCGUGAAAAAUUGAUGAGCAGUUUAUUACUGUGAGAAGUCAUAAAUUAAACAAGAUUGAUAGAAGAUGAUAUGCAGGAAAAAACACUUGUAUUGAAAUAUCACCAAUCUGUCACGCCGAAUUUGCUGCUGAUCAUGUGUUUUGGUAAGAGAAUCUAGUAG